UGUCGCACCAUAUUUUAAAACAGAGCCAGGCCUACCACAGAUUCACCUGGAAGGGAAUCGCCUUGUUCUCACUUGCCUUGCUGAAGGAAGCUGGCCUUUGGAAUUCAAGUGGCUGCGCAAUGACAGUGAGCUUACCACCUACAGCAGCGAAUAUAAGUAUAUUAUUCCAUCUUUACAGAAGCUUGAUGCUGGGUUUUACCGCUGCGUGGUGCGAAACAGAAUGGGAGCUCUCUUGCAAAGAAAAUCAGAAGUUCAAGUCGCAUAUAUGGGAAAUUUCAUGGAUAUGGACCAGAGGAAGACGGUUUCUCAAGGACAUGCAGUAGUUUUAAACUUAUUACACAUCACCAGCUGCCCCAGACCUCAAGUGACUUGGUUUAGAGAAGGGCACAAGAUCAUUCCAAGCAACAGAAUAGCCAUCACAUUGGAGAAUCAGCUGGUGAUCCUUGCAACAAUAGCUAGUGAUGCCGGGGCUUACUGUGUGCAGGCUGUCAAUGAGAAGAACGGAGAAAACAAGACAAGCCCAUUCAUUUAUUUGAGCAUAGCAAGUGAUACUGGCACACUUGAAACCAUGGCCCCUGUCAUCGUGGUUCCUCCAGGCAACAGAAGUGUGGUGGCUGGGUCCAGUGAGACCACCUUGGAAUGCAUAGCCAGUGCCAGGCCUGUGGAAGAGCUCAGUGUAAACUGGAAGAGAAAUGGAGUGAAGAUCACCAGUGGACUCCACAGCUUUGGGAGACGCCUCACUAUCAGUAACCCGACGUCUGCAGACACUGGGAUGUACAUCUGCGAGGCAGUGCUGAGAGGGAGCGCUUUUGAACCAGCCAGAGCAAAAGCCUUUCUUUCUAUCAUAGAGCCACCAUAUUUUACAGCUGAACCUGAGAGUCGGAUUUUAGUUGAAGUGGAAGAAACCGUGGACAUUGCAUGUCGAGCCAUGGGGGUCCCCCUUCCCACCCUCCAGUGGUACAAGGAUGCCAUCUCCAUCCACAAGCUCCAGAAUUCUCGCUACAAAGUGCUCUCGAGCGGGGGCCUGCGCAUUCAGAAGCUGCGUCCAGAGGACUCUGGAAUCUUCCAGUGCUUUGCCAGUAAUGAAGGAGGAGAAAUCCAGACCCACACCUACCUGGAAGUAACCAAUAUAGCUCCUAUGUUCACCCAGCGUCCAGUGGACACCACGGUCACUGACGGGAUGAUGGCCAUUCUAAGGUGUGAGGUGUCUGGGGCUCCCAAACCUGCCAUCACAUGGAAGAGAGAAAACCACAUUUUGGCCAGUGGCUCUGUCCGGAUUCCUAGGUUCAUGCUUCUUGAAUCUGGGGGUCUGCAGAUCACCCCUGUCUUCAUCCAGGAUGCCGGUAACUACACUUGCUAUGCAGCCAACACAGAGGGCUCCCUGAAUGCAUCCGCAGCGCUGACUGUGUGGAAUCGAACAUUCAUUGUCCACCCUCCCGAGGACCACGUGGUGAUUAAGGGGACCACAGCCACGCUGCGCUGUGGAGCCACACAUGACCCCCGGAUUUCGCUCCGCUAUGUUUGGAAGAAGGACAAUGUGGUCAUCACUCCAUCUAGCAAUUCUAGAAUUGUGGUGGAGAGGGAUGGGUCCCUUCUCAUUAGCCAGACCUGGUCAGGUGACAUCGGCGACUACACCUGCGAAAUUAUAUCUGAAGGAGGGAAUGAUUCCAGAAUGGCCCGGCUGGAAGUGAUUGAACUGCCUCAUUCACCUCAGAACCUCCUGGCCAGCCCAAAUUCCUCCCAUAGUCAUGCCGUGAUGCUCUCUUGGGUUCGACCCUUUGAUGGAAACAGUCCUAUUCUUUAUUACAUUGUGGAGCUGUCUGAAAACAACUCUCCAUGGAAAGUGCACCUGUCAGACGUUGGCCCUGAGAUGACAGGUGUCACCGUGAGUGGCCUGACUCCAGCUCGCACCUAUCGAUUCAGGGUGUGUGCGGUGAACCAAGUCGGCAAGGGCCAGUACAGCGCGGAGACAAGCAGGUUGAUGCUACCUGAGGAGCCACCCAGUGCUUCACCCAAAAAUAUAGUGGCCAGUGGGCGUACCAAUCAGUCCAUCAUGGUCCAGUGGCAGCCGCCUCCAGAAACGGAGCACAAUGGGGUGCUGCGUGGAUACAUACUCAGGUACCGCCUGGCUGGCCUUCCUGGAGAGUAUCAGCAGAGGAACAUCACUAGCCCAGAGGUGAACUACUGCCUGGUGACAGACCUGAUCAUAUGGACACAGUAUGAAAUACAGGUGGCAGCUUACAACGGGGCAGGCCUGGGAGUCUUUAGCAGGGCAGUGACUGAGUAUACCUUACAAGGAGUACCUACUGCACCCCCACAGAACGUGCAGACAGAAGCGGUGAACUCCACAACUGUCCAGUUCCUGUGGAACCCUCCACCUCAGCAGUUUAUCAACGGCAUCAACCAGGGAUACAAGCUUCUAGCAUGGCCAGCAGAUGUCCCUGAGGCUGUCACGAUAGCCACCAUUGCUCCAGACUUCCAUGGAGUCCACCAUGGGUACAUAGCUAACUUGAAGAAGUUUACUGCCUACUUCACAGCAGUUCUGUGCUUCACCACCCCGGGGGACGGGCCUCCAAGUGCCCCUCAGCUUGUGUGGACUCAUGAAGACAAACCAGGAACUGUGGGACAUCUGAGUUUCACGGAGAUUCUGGACACAUCUCUCAAGGUCAGCUGGCAGGAGCCCCUGGAGAAAAAUGGCAUCAUUACAGGCUACCAGGUUUCCUGGGAGGUGUACGGCCAGAACGACUCCCGGCUCACACACACUCUGAACAGCACAACUCACGAGUAUAAAAUCAGAGGCCUGUCGUCUCUCACCACCUACACCAUUGAUGUGGCUGCCGUGACGGCCAUGGGGGCUGGCCUGGUGACCUCAUCCACCAUUUCUUCUGGAGUGCCGCCAGACCUUCCUGGUGCCCCAUCCAACCUGGUCAUUUCCAACAUCAGUCCUCGCUCUGCUACUCUUCAGUUCCGACCAGGCUAUGAUGGGAAGACGUCCAUCUCCAGAUGGAUUGUGGAGGGGCAGGUGGGAGCCAUUGGCGAUGAGGAGGAAUGGAUCACCCUCUACGAAGAGGAGAAUGAGCCUGAUGCCCAGACACUGGAAAUUCCAAACCUCACACCCUACACUCACUACAGAUUUCGAAUGAAACAAGUGAACAUUGUUGGUCCGAGCCCCUACAGUCAGUCUUCCCGGGUUAUCCAGACCCUGCAGGCCCCGCCUGAUGUGUCUCCAACCAGCAUCACUGUCCGAACUGCCAGUGAGACCAGCCUGCGGCUCCGCUGGGUGCCCCUGCCUGAUUCCCAGUACAACGGGAACCCCGAGUCCGUGGGCUACAGGAUUAAGUAUUGGCGCUCAGACCUCCAGUCCUCAGUGCUGGCCCAAGUCGUCAGCGACCGGCUGGAGAGGGAAUUCACCAUCGAGGAGCUGGAGGAAUGGACGGAGUACGAGCUGCAAAUGCAGGCCUUCAAUGCCGUGGGGGCUGGGCCGUGGAGCGAGGUGGUACGGGGCCGGACACGAGAGUCAGUUCCUUCAGCUGCCCCUGAAAAUGUGUCUGCUGAGGCUGUCAGCUCGACCCAGAUUUUGCUGACAUGGGCUUCUGUGCCGGAACAGGACCAGAAUGGGCUCAUUCUGGGCUACAAGAUUCUAUACCGGGCCAAAGAUCUGGAUCCAGAGCCCAGAAGCCACAUCGUGCGAGGGAACCACACGCUGUCUGCGCUGCUGGCAGGCCUGCGCAAGUUCGUGCUCUACGAGCUCCAGGUGCUGGCAUUCACUCGCAUCGGGAAUGGAGUCCCCAGCUCCCCCCUCAUCCUCGAGCGCACCAAGGAUGAUGCCCCAGGCCCACCCGUGAGGCUGGUGUUCCCUGAAGUGAGGCUUAGCUCAGUGCGCAUCGUGUGGCAACCUCCAGAGGAGCCCAAUGGUAUCAUUCUGGGGUACCAGAUCGCCUACCGCCUGGCCAGCAGCAGCCCCCACACUUUCACCACCGUGGAGGUCGGCGCCACCGUAAGGCAGUUCACAGCCACUGAGCUGGCCCCAGAGUCCGCCUACGUCUUCCGCCUGUCAGCCAAGACGAGGCAGGGCUGGGGGGAGCCGCUGGAGGCCACCGUCAUCACCACCGAGAAGAGAGAGCGGCCGGCUCCCCCCAGAGAGCUCCUGGUGCCCCAGGCAGAAGUGACCGCCCGCAGCCUCCGGCUCCAGUGGGUUCCGGGCAGCGACGGAGCCUCCCCUAUCCGGUACUUCACUGUGCAGGUGCGAGAGCUGCCCCGGGGAGAGUGGCAGACCUACUCCUCGUCCAUCAGCCACGAGGCCACAGCCUGCGCCGUUGAGAGGCUGAGGCCCUUCACCUCCUACAAGCUGCGCCUAAAAGCCACCAAUGACAUUGGGGACAGCGACUUCAGUUUGGAGACAGAGGCGGUGACCACGCUGCAGGACGUCCCAGGAGAACCUCCAGGUUGUGUCUCAGCAACACCACACACCACUUCGUCCGUUCUGAUCCAGUGGCAGCCUCCGAGGGACGAAAGCCUGAAUGGCCUUCUCCAGGGAUACAGGAUCUACUACCGGGAGCUGGAAUAUGAGGCUGGGUCAGGGACUGAGGCCAAGAUGCUCAAGAGCCUUUCAGCUCUCCGUGCCGAGCUCACAGCCCAAAGCAGCUUCAAGACGGUGAACAGCAGCUCCACAUUGACUACAUAUGAAUUAACACAUUUGAAGAAGUACCGGCGCUACGAGGUGAUCAUGACUGCCUAUAACAUCAUUGGCGAAAGCCCAGCCAGCGCACCCGUGGAGGUCUUUGUCGGUGAGGCUGCCCCAGCGAUGGCACCGCAGAACGUGCAAGUGACCCCACUCACGGCCAGCCAGCUGGAGGUCACGUGGGACCCACCGCCCCCAGAGAGCCAGAAUGGGAACAUUCAGGGCUACAAGAUUUACUACUGGGAGGCAGAUAGCCAGAAUGAAACGGAGAAGAUGAAGGUGCUCUUCCUGCCCGAGCCUGCAGUGAAGCUAAAGAACCUGACCAGCCACACCAAGUACCUGGUCAGCAUCUCGGCCUUCAAUGCCGCUGGAGACGGGCCCAAGAGUGACCCCAGACAGGGGCGCACCCACCAGGCCGCUCCCGGGCCCCCCAGCUUUUUGGCAUUCUCAGAAAUAACCUCCACCACACUCAAUGUUUCCUGGGGCGAGCCAGCAGCAGCCAACGGCAUCCUGCAGGGCUAUCGCGUGGUGUAUGAGCCCUUGGCACCUGUUCAAGGGGUGAGCAAGGUGGUGACCGUGGAAGUGAGAGGGAACUGGCAGCGCUGGCUGAAGGUGCGGGACCUCACCAAGGGAGUUACCUAUUUUUUUCGUGUGCAAGCGCGGACCAUCACCUAUGGACCCGAGCUCCAGGCCAAUGUCACGGCCGGGCCAGCCGAAGGGUCCCCAGGAUCCCCUAGAGACGUUCUGGUCACCAAGUCUGUCUCCGAACUGACCCUGCAGUGGACCGAGGGGCACGCUGGCAACACACCUACCACAGGCUAUGUCAUAGAGGCCCGGCCCUCAGAUGAAGGCCUGUGGGACAUGUUUGUGAAGGACAUCCCACGGAGCGCCACCUCCUACACCCUCAGCCUGGACAAGCUCCGGCAAGGCGUGACUUACGAGUUCCGCGUGGUGGCUGUAAAUGAGGCAGGCUACGGGGAGCCCAGCAGCCCCUCCACAGCAGUAUCAACUCAAGUGGAAGCCCCGUUCUACGAGGAGUGGUGGUUCCUCCUGGUGAUGGCUCUGUCCAGCCUGAUCGUCAUCCUGCUGGUGGUGUUUGCCCUGGUCCUGCACGGACAGAAUAAGAAAUACAAGAACUGCAGCACAGGUAAGAGCAUUUCCAAUAUGGAGGAGUCUGUGACCCUGGAUAAUGGAGGAUUUGCUGCCUUGGAGCUCAACAGCCGCCACCUCAAUGUCAAGAGCACCUUCUUGAAGAAGAAUGGGACCAGGUCCCCACCCCGACCAAGCCCUGGUGGUCUGCACUACUCAGACGAGGACAUCUGUAACAUGUACAACGGCGCUGUGCUGACCGAGAGUGUGAACCUCAAGGAGAAGUCAGCGGAUGCAUCGGAAUCUGAGGUCAGUGCCUGCGCUCACUUCUGGACAGCGACCACCAUUCCCUACUUGUAG